GACCCUGAUGCCGGUCACUCCGUUAACGAUAGCAUUAGAUGAUAGUUGAAUCUCGAAUGUGAUGGGUGUCAUUCUAUUUAAAUGCUCGUGAAAUACACAUCGAAAUCACAAUAGUUCAGAAAUUAUAAGUGAAAAUUAAUAUUUUGCCUUUUCUCAUUGUCGUUUUAUGCGUAAAAAUGACCAAGUUAUUUGUUUUUAGUAUUUUGCAAAUUUUGCAAAUGAUGAUACUUAUUGCAGUCUCUCAAUUUCAAGGACAAUCGAAUUGUCCAUCACUUUAUGGUGAACCCGGCCAAUGCAUUGGAAUACGUGAAUGUCCAGAAUUGCUGAAUCUUCUUCAAAUGCGACCCCUUAAACCAGAAACUAUAGAUUUAUUGAGACAAAUGCAGUGUGGUUUCGAUGACAUUAAUCCCCGAGUUUGUUGUCCAAUUCGACGUACAUCAUUUCGUGACGAUGAGUCUUCUGAAAAUUUUCAACCAAAUCCAAAUUCUGAGCGACCAAAUAACACUCAAUAUACCAACGAUCAAAAUGUACAAUAUGACUUUUCCAACAAUCCUUUGCUUCCUACCGAUUGCGGCAAAGAUUUGUCCCAAAGGAUCUACGGUGGAGAAAUCACAGACCUCGACGAAUUUCCUUGGAUGGUGCUUUUGGAAUACCUUACAUUAAACGGAAAACGUACAGCUUGUGGUGGAGUUCUUAUUAGUCGGCGUUACGUUUUAACGGCAGCUCACUGUGUUAAAGGUAAAGAUUUACCAAGAACAUGGCAAUUGUCAAGUGUUCGUUUAGGUGAAUAUGAUACUAGCAGUGAUCGCGACUGCAUUCCGGACGAUGAUCGCACCCUAAUUUGCGCGGAUGAUCCCGUGACGGUUGGAAUCGAAGAACAAAUAGCCCAUGAAAGUUACCAACCACGCUCAAGAGAUCAAAAAUAUGAUAUCGCUCUUCUAAGAUUAUCUCGUGACGUUACAUUCACCACUUAUAUAAAACCUAUUUGUCUACCACCGACUGCCUCCCUCGAACAAAAAUUAUUUGUUGCUGGUUGGGGAAAGACAGAAAACGGUUCAUCAUCAAGCGUAAAACUAAAACUUGUGUUGCCUCUUUUUGACAAAGAACAGUGCCAAAAUACUUAUGGAAACGCGGGAGUGAUGCUGGGUCAUGGACAAAUUUGUGCCGGUGGACAAAAAGACAAAGAUUCGUGCAAAGGAGAUUCAGGUGGACCUUUAAUGACUAUGAAAAGAAAUCGCGACAGUUCUGGUAAAUGGACUGUUGUUGGUGUUGUUUCCUUUGGACCAUUACCUUGCGGUAUGCUUGGAGUACCUGGCGUUUACACCAGAGUGAUCGAUUUUGUACCCUGGAUACUCGAUAAAAUGAGAUCUACAAUAGCUUCGGAAUCGACCAUGAUUUACCAUUUGAUUUUAACCGGGUUUGUGAUCCUAUGCGAAGUCACCGCACAAGAUAGAUGUACCACUCCAAGAAAUACAAUUGGUACUUGUAUCAAUAUACACAAUUGUCAACCACUGGUAGAGAUUCUUAAAAAACACAGACCAUUGUCAAAGGAAAUUCUUGAUCGCUUAUCCAGUUUGCAAUGCGGAUUUGAAGGUUACGAUCCGAAAGUUUGUUGCGAACAGGCAACAACUCAAACCACAGAAAAACCGAAUCAAUCUACUUCCGAACCUGCAGACGUCACGAAUCAUCCGAAUUUAAAAUUACUGAAUCAUGAUAUGUGUGGACCAGUAUCGCAGCAAAAAAUUUUUGGUGGUAAUAAAACCGGUAUAUUUGAUUUCCCAUGGAUGGCAUUACUCUCUUACAACGUCACCAAUCAAGGUACAGACUUCCGAUGCGGAGGAUCGUUAAUUAACAAACGAUAUGUGCUCACUGCUGCUCACUGCGUCACAAUGCUACAAUCUACGUUGAAAUUAAUCGGAGUACGGCUAGGAGAACAUGAUUUAAGUACCGAGCGCGACUGUGAUAGAGACGCCGACGGUCUUGAAGUUGUUUGCGCUGAGAGAUAUCAAGAUUUCGAUAUAGAAAAUGUACAUUUUCAUCCAGAAUUUUCACCAUUGAAAUUACAAAAUGACAUUGCUUUGUUGCGAUUAAGUAGGGACGCUGAUUUUAGACCGCAAAAUGUGCGACCGAUUUGUAUGCCAAUCGGAUCAGCAGCUAACUUGAUUCAAAAAAAGGUAACAGUAACAGGUUGGGGUGCAACUGAAUUUGGAUCACGCAGCCUGGAUUUACUACAGGUUCAAUUAUCACCAAUGAAUACAGAAAAAUGCGCAGAAAUAUAUAAAAGGCAAAACGAAAUUUGGUAUAAACAAAUGUGCGUGGGUGGAAAAAUGGGUAUUGAUUCAUGUUUUGGAGAUAGCGGUGGACCGCUUCAGGCUCCAGGAAUAUAUAACAAUAAUAUGAGGUACAUUCAAUAUGGAAUUGUCAGUUAUGGACCGCGCAAUUGCGGUACUGAAGGAUUACCUGGGGUUUAUACUAAAAUUGUAUAUUACCUAGACUGGAUUUUAGAUACUAUUAGGGCUUAAAAUAGCAUGUACAAAUGAUAUUUUUAGAAUUAAGACUUUGCAUAUUUUUCAAACACAAUCAAUAAAUAAAUUAAUUUAAUAUUA